UGUUUCCUUUGAAUAAUUUGAUUACACCACAAUUAGAAUAAAUUCUUGAUAAAUGUCAGCAAAAUUCACUUAUAUUAAUCCGUUCGCAGUGUCCUAUUCAUUAAAUAUCAAUGUAGAGCUAACAAAAUCGAUCAACGAUAUCGCCAAAUAUGUUUAUAAAUCGAUAUUGAUCUUUAAUUCAUAACAACUCGCAAGGGUAAUUAUUUGCGCAAAGAGAUGACAGCGGCAAAUGCGGAAGGUGCUUUUCAUUUGCUAUAAAAGACGUUCGAUUUUCUUUCGCGCCUGAGAAGUUACGAUACUGAGAUGUUAAAGGCGUUGGAGGAGGCUUCGAUACGGACAUGUUUUAAGUCAGUGUAGGAAAACAAAGUUUGUUUUAAUACGCACAUUAUACAACGAAAUGACUGAGACAUGGCUAAAAUGCAGACUUUAACAGUGGAGAAUCUUGCGGAUCACCAUAGCGACCACAGCGGAAGUAAGCGGCCAUCACUGGUCCCGAAGGAGGGUAGCGAGGGUUCUCAUACGAUCAAUCCCAGUAAGCGCCGGAUGUCGCGUUUCGAGGGACGCCCUAGCGUCCAGUAUAGCCGCCGCAUGUCCAUGGUGUUACGAUCUAGCGUUACCGGAAGUUCCUUUGGAAUUAAGAAUAUUGGACUGUUUCCAGUGAAGCUGCAGAAUACGUACAAACUGCAGCCGGGCCACAGUGAAGUGUUCAAACCCGAAAGUGUGCGUGUUAUUAUACAGGAAGUGCUCGAUGAAUGCCUGAACGGUGAAACUCUUUCUCCAGUCCUGUUCCACACAAAUAAACCAUCUGAAACACUUAAAGUGUUAUGUGAAUUCUAUUGUUACUGUAUCUCCUGGUUCCUGAAUCGAACACAAAGUAAUUAUAUCGAAAAAGUAGAUUAGUAAUUGAAACAUUAAGAUCGUUUGCAUAAAGACAAUAUUAUAAAAUGAUUAUUGUUUCCAAGCGGGAUUAUUAAGGUGGAGUACUACUUUCACAAGGUGGGCUGUAAUUUAUAAUCGCCAGCGACACAAGAGAACAGGCAAUUAUACAUUAAUUGAAAAGAAAUCGAUCAUCUAAGCUCUUCUUAUGACGACACAUUGUGCUGCGAAUAGUGGGUGGAGUACUUGGAGAGAAUCAGGCUAGGUGUAAGGCUGGUAUUAAAGAGGAAACUGUCAGCCCAUUUGGAUGAUGUUGUUUUCAUUUCAUAGAACUACGGAGACUUCUUCUAUAUGUCGCCUGAACAAUCUUGUUCUUUAUGUCAUAUACCGAUUUAAAGGGGACCCUCGUGUAAAAUGGUCCUUUUAUUAGUUCAACACCAAACCAUAUACCAUAACAAUUAAAUGGACAUGGUUUAUAUGUGUUUGUUUAUCAAUAUAUUGUCAUAUUUAAUCCCAAUAUUAAGUAAAUUUGUCUUUUAA